AUCAUUCAUUACAAUGGAGUUCCUAGAUUGGGUAUAGUUCCUAAACGCGUAAAGUUCCAAUCCAAACCUCAUUGAUUGGUGUACUAAACGAGACUCAAAUAUUGCUAUAAAUACUAGGGUGAUGUGCAUAUAAAAAAUAUAAGAAAAUACACCAAUAUUUCUCUCACUUCCAAUAUGCCUUCUCAAAAUCUUACUAUACCUCCAAUAUGCCUUCUCAAAAUCUUGCAAUACCUCUCGCGAUUUUUACCAUCUUUAAGAUGGUAUCAGACUGCAGAAUCAGCCACGAGCCCUUGCCUUCCUAAGAAAUCCCCAAAUCUCAAUCAAGUCCCUUCUCCUUUCAGUAAACCUGCCACUGCUCCGAAGAAGACCAGCGGCGAAUCUGUCACUGCUCCGAAGAAUUCCAACGGUGAAUCUGCCACCGACUCCAGCGGCGAAUCUGCCACCGAGUCCGCCACACACAGCCAUGAUCGGAGUGAAGAAAUUCAUGGACUUUUGGCCGCUGCACAAUCUAUAUCCGCUGCUUCCCGUGGCCCAACCGUCGACGGACGGAGUACGAUUGCUAAAGCACCAGAGAUUGUUGAAAUCAUGGAAUUUGCGGUGUCGGAAAGCAACCAACAGAUGCAGGCAUGUUCAGCGUCUCCGGUGGAGAGUGAAGGAACGUCGGCGUCGGAGGUUGUGUGGUUGGGAAGUAGGAAGAAGCAGAGGAGGCGCCAGGCCAGCGCACCGACGGAGCGUCGGCGGAGCACCGAUGCACCAACGCCUUCCGAAAGAAAGAGGAAGUAUAACAAGACUGGGACGAUAGUUGGACGUGGCACUGGGCGAUAUGGACUGUACUACGUGGAUGAGAUAGCCCAACAGAGUACUGCGAUGCUAACUCACGGACUAACUGACAGACAGAUUUGGCUCUUGCAUCGUCGGUUAGGGCACCCAUCUAUAAGUUAUCUUCGCUUACUAUUUCCCGAGUUAGUUUCUUCUACACAUGUUUUAAAUUGUGAAACUUGUGUUUUGGCAAAAAGUCACAGACAUUCUUUCAAAUUAAACAACACUAGAGAAAAAACACCUUUUGCUUUGGUUCGCUCUGAUGUGUGUGGUCCUGCUCCGGUUACUAGAGGACAAGGUUUUCGAUAUUUUUGGUUGUUUAUUGAUGAUUUUUCGCGUAUGACUUGGAUUUAUUUUUUUUAAACAAAAUCAGAAGUUUUUAAAGAAAUUUACUGAGUUCUAUCGUCUUGUCCAAACCCAGUAUAACUUCAAAAUCCAAAUCCUUAGAUCUGAUAACGGGAGGGAAUACGUGAACUCUAGGAUGAUAUCUUUCUUCACUGAAAAUGGCCUUGUCCACCAAACUUCAUGUGCAUAUAUACCAGAACAAAAUGGGGUGGCCGAGCGAAAAAACAGAUACAUCCUAGAAAUCACCCGUGCCCUCCUCAUUGAAUCAAACAUCCCAAAGUCCUUCUGGCCAGAAGCCAUCGCCACCCCCGUCUAUCUUCUAAAUCGUCUCCCCACAGGGAUCCUUAACUUCAAAACUCAUCUAGAUGUCUUCUCUUUCCAAAACUCGGUACCAUCCUCCCUCUAUCUCGACACCAAAAUUUUUGGCUGUAUUGUGUUUGUCCACAUCCCCAAACAUGACCGUAACAAAUUCUCACCUUGUGCUGUCAAAUGUGUUUUCUUAGGUUAUGGGAAAAAUCAAAAAGGUUAUCAGUGCUAUGACCCUUCGACAGAUCGUAUGUACCACUAUGUACUGCGAUUUUGUUGAAAGCGAAUACUUCUAUAGCCAAUCUAGCGGUCAAGGGGAGAUUGAGUCAGAAAAAUCGAGUAGUGACGCUCUAAAUUGGCUACCUCUUUGGGGAGAAACCAUUCAU